ACGAGACAUUUGGCAGCGGUGCGGUCUGAUCACGGAGGAACAAGAAGACCUUCGGACUGUCGUCGGAGGAUAAGCCCUGGAGCCAAAACCUCUCGCACGAGGCGAUUCUUCGCUCGAGGGAUGGAGAGCGCGGGCCGUCGAUCCUCGUGCUGACCACGUGCACCGGCACCUUGUCGGACUGGCAUUCGAGCUCUAUUCAUGCUGCGAAAGAUUGGUCGCUCGAGUUCGCCGAUAGAAUUUCGGUGUUUGGAGACAUUUCGUUCUUUGCAAAUUGUCUGAGACAUUUCUGAGUGCAGUGCGGAGCGGUGGGGUAGCGAGUGCUGGCGGAUUGGUUUAUAUUUCGGGCGGAGUUGGGGAGGAAUUGGCACCAGGAAGGCUGGAAAGGAGGUGCAUUUUUUAGGGUGAAUGUACAUAGUCGGGGAAUUGGAAGAUGAGCUGAAGAGAUGGUGCUCCUGACAUCUGGAGCUGGAGCCAGGCGGUGUAGUGCAAGAAAAGUGGGCGGUUCAACGAUUCAGUCCGUGCAUGGUGGCAUGACGAGCUUGCAUUGAGCGUGCAGCGAAGAAUUUGCGAGCUUUAGCCGUGUGUUGGGAGAGGUAGUUUCAAUGUACUGAAUUUCUGGUGGCAGAAGUGAGUGUGACUAGAUAUGGAGUCCACGGGCCUCAUGCGUGUUGGAUUGGGGUUGACUUUAGGAGGAGGAGUGGGAUUUGUCAGACCUGCUUGCAAUGUGAGAUUGGAAGGGCGGAAGACAAUUAACAGGAUAUGUCGGGGAGGUGUGGCACUGAGAGUAUGUCGACCAAGUGUGACAGGAAGAACGCAUGGAUGGGACAGAGAGAAGAUGAGUGGGGUAGGAGUUGUGUUGAUAGCAGCUAGAGCUUUUGGUGUCGGAAGGCGCGGACCGUCUCGCCCGCGAAUUACUACGCCUCGACACCCUGUGGAGGAAGAGGAGAGCGAUGAAUCUCACGCAAAUGUUGAUAGUCGAGAUGAUGUCACGCAAGGCAUUGUGGAAGUACUGGAUGGUGAAAGUGAAGGUCCUAUCACCGAGGACCCCGCAAACAAGUCAGCGCAGCUACUUCAGGAUCAGUUCAACCGCUUUGCAGCAGCAGUGGCUCUGGCGGAUAGAAAAAUGGCUGAAGAGAUUAUCAAAGAAAUGGGUGAUGGGGAGUCUGUUGGCGUUGAACUUUCGGACUUUUCUGAUGGUGAAGAUGAAAACACAAAUCCAGUAAAUGAGUUUGAAGAUUCUGCUCAGCUCAUUGAUGACCAGUUAUAUCACAUUCAAAAUACGAUGACAACAGCAAGGAUGUUGUCAGAGGAGUCUAAUGGCGAGAUUCGGAAUUUUCGCCGCGAUCGAGACACCGACCAUUCAGGGGAAGAUCCUAGAGCUGUUGAGAAACAGUUAGAGGAACUAUAUGAAGAAGUGGGAAGGAUGAUAGAAGAAGGUGAUGAAGGAAGUGCUCGAGAAGUUAUAGAGGCCAACUACGAGGCUCUUCUGGAACAGCUGGAAGAGGGGAUUCGAGGAGUGGAACAAGCAGCCAUGCUCGAUAUUUUGGCCCAGCUGUACAUGAAUAUGGGAGAUUAUGAAUGUGCGGAUGUUCUCUUGGAUCAGACGAAGGAGAUUUUGGAUGACAUAAGCAGUCCCCAUCCUCUCCUAGAUAAUAUUCUGGAGCAUGUAGGGAGUAUGUAUACAGGCAUUGGCAAACCUGAAGAGGCUCUGCCGUGUUACCUUCGGAGCCUUGACAUUCAGGAAAGCGUAUUUGGAAAGGACAGUCCUUUACUUGUGAGGACUAUGCUGGGCCUUGCCAAAACCUACAGUGAGUUGGACGCUGGAAGUAAAAGUGUUGAGCUAUAUCAGCGAUCGUUGGUUCUUACAGAAAGAUCCCAGGGUUCGAAUAACGAAGCAGUAAUUCUUAUUCUUACACAUUUAGGACAUACUCUCCUUGAGGAGGAAAGAUUGCAGGAAGCAGAAAUUACAUUGCGGAGGGCGGUCGUGGUGACUCAAAACGCCUACGGAGCACGAGAUGGAAGAGUAGGUGUAGCUACAUGCGCUCUAGCUCGAGCCAAAAGUGGACAGGGGGAAAUCGAUGAGGCUGUACGAAUGUAUCAGCAAGGCCUUCAAAUAAUGGAAGAUUGUCCGAAGUUUUCUCCAGAUGAUCCAGUUAUAGAAAGUGUCCGCACUGAUAUGGCAGAGAUAUUGAACAUGACUGGCAGGGACACUGAGGCUCAGUUGUUAUGGGAGGAGAAUCUGCGCGUCAAAGAGAGAGAGCUCGGGAAAAAUGAUGUGCAGUUGGUGCCUCAUCUGAACAACUUGGCUACAUCCUAUGCUCAUUCGCAACUUUUCGACAAGUGCGAACCAUUACUGAGGAGGAGCUUGAAGCUGAUGACCAUACACUUUGGUCCGAAAGCGCCUCAAAUUUCAGUAUCUCUAGAGCUGUUAGCAACAGCCUUGCAUCAUCUGGGAAGAGGUUUUGAGGCUGAACCUCUUGCUCGUGAAGCUUUAGCGAUACGCGAGGCUCAUUAUGGUCCCGACCAUCCUAACACAGGACAAGCUUGUAAUUGCCUUGCCGCCGUUCUGCAUGGACUUGACAAAGAUAGCGAGUCAGAGGUAUACUUGCGGAGGGUUCUGAAGAUUCAGGAGAAGGAACUAGGACCUGAGUGCCCAGAAAUUAUUUUAACUUUAGAACUCCUGGUAAUGCUUCUUGAUAAACAAGGUAGACAAAAUGAACUCCCACCAAUUAUACGCAGAUUGCAAAGACUGGAAGCUAUGAUUACUGAUGAAUCGAAUAAUGAAGAGUAGCACAAAGAGGGUAUCCAAGAAGGAGCUCGUUUUAGUCCGGUCGUUCAUUGUACCGAUAGUACACUCAUUACAAGUUUAGAUACUCAAAGGCAGAAGAGAAGGCGGCAGCGGAAAUGCUUAGCGUGAAGUCUGUGUUCUUAACAUCAAGUACCUUGAAGCUCUUCAUCAGCACUUGUUCGCACUACCUUGAUGAAGAUUAUGGGAGGUGGGAGUCUUGGUACACCGCAAUGUUAGCUGGUGCUGGGGGUGUACGUCAAGUUGGCAGUAAGCAAGAUUUAGUGUUUCCUUGGUUAAGAUUCAUUCGACUUCUGAUACGGAAGAGUCUGUGUGAGAUUUUGUAACAUACAUAAGGGAAUGCCCUCGGGGCGUUCAAAGGAGCCGUGCAAUAUUUAACGAAGGUGACGAGAAUUUAGUGCC